CGCCACAGGCUCGGUAGCCGCUGCCCUCCGCCCCGCCUCCGCCUCUCCCCGCCCUGCGGAAGGGCGACCUCGCCGCCUCCCGCACUGGUGGCAGCGGCCCCGGCAUGGACGCCCGGCUGGAGCAGGAGACGGCGCGGUGGCUGCGGUGGGACAAGAAUCCUUUAACUUUGGAGUCUGUGAAACAACUAAUUGCAGAAGGUAAUAAAGAAGAACUACAGAAAUGUUUUGGGGCUCGAAUGGAGUUUGGGACAGCAGGUCUUCGAGCUGCUAUGGGAGUGGGAUUUUCACAUAUGAACGACUUGACCAUCAUCCAGACUACACAGGGAUUUUGCCGAUACCUGGAAAAGGAAUUUGGUGAUGUGAAGCGAAGAGGUGUCGUGAUAAGCUUUGAUGCUCGAGCUCAUCCACCAAGUGGAGGCAGCAGCAAAAGAUUUGCCCGGCUCGCUGCAACCACAUUUAUCACUCAGGGGAUUCCUGUGUACCUCUUUUCUGGCAUAACCCCCACCCCCUUUGUGCCCUACACAGUCUCACAUUUGAAACUUUGUGCUGGAAUCAUGAUCACUGCCUCUCACAAUCCAAAGCAGGAUAAUGGUUAUAAGGUCUACUGGGCUAAUGGAGCUCAGAUCAUCUCUCCUCAUGAUAAAGGGAUUUCUCAAGCUAUUGAAGAAAAUCUAGAGCCAUGGCCCCAAGCGUGGGAUGAUUCUUUAAUUAAUGGCAGUCCACUUCUUCAUGACCCAAGUGCUUCCAUCAGUAAGAGCUACUUUGAAGACCUUAAAAAAUACUGUUUUCACAGGAGUGUGAACAGGGAGACCAAGGUGAAGUUCGUGCACACCUCUGUCCAUGGUGUGGGGCACGAGUUUGUGCAGUUGGCUUUCCAGGCUUUUGACUUCAUGCCUCCUGAGGCUGUGCCCGAACAGAAAGAUCCUGAUCCCGAGUUCCCAACCGUGAAAUACCCAAAUCCCGAAGAGGGUAAAGGUGUCUUGACUUUAUCUUUUGCUUUGGCUGACAAAAUCAAGGCCAAAAUCAUUUUGGCAAAUGACCCAGAUGCUGAUAGACUUGCUGUGGCAGAGAAGCAAGACAGUGGUGAAUGGAGAGUGUUUUCGGGCAAUGAGCUGGGGGCUCUCUUGGGCUGGUGGCUCUUUACUUCUUGGAAAGGAAAGAACCAAGAUCACAGUGCCCUCAAAGACACAUACAUGUUGUCCAGCACCGUCUCCUCCAAAAUCUUGCAGGCCAUUGCCUUAAAGGAGGGCUUUCACUUUGAGGAAACAUUAACUGGCUUUAAGUGGAUGGGAAACCGAGCCAAACAGCUAAUAGACCAGGGGAAAAAUGUCUUAUUUGCAUUUGAAGAAGCUAUCGGAUACAUGUGCUGCCCUUUUGUUCUGGACAAAGAUGGAGUCAGUGCUGCUGUCAUAAGCGCGGAGUUGGCCAGCUUUCUAGCAACCAAGAAUUUGUCUUUGUCUCAGCAGCUAAAGACCAUUUAUGUUGAGUAUGGCUACCAUAUUACUAAAGCUUCAUAUUUCAUCUGUCAUGAUCAAGGCACCAUUAAGAAAUUAUUUGAAAACCUUCGAAACUAUGAUGGGAAGAAUAAUUAUCCAAAAACUUGUGGCAAAUUUGCAGUUUCUGGCAUUAGAGACCUUACAACCGGCUAUGAUGAUAGCCAACCUGAUAAAAAAGCCGUUCUCCCUACUAGUAAAAGCAGCCAAAUGAUCACCUUUACUUUUGCUAAUGGAGGCGUGGCCACCAUGCGAACCAGCGGAACAGAACCCAAAAUCAAGUACUAUUCGGAACUGUGUGCUCCCCCUGGAAAUAGUGAUCCUGAGCAGCUGAAGAAAGAACUAAAUGAACUAGUCAGUGCUAUAGAAGAACAUUUUUUCCAGCCACAGAAGUAUAACCUGCAGCCAAAGGCAGAGUAAAAUAUUCCAGUUCUGGGCAUAAUUACAUUUACCUGCAAUUAAGCUGAACUUGAUUUGUUAAGCAAUAUUUUUGAGGACCAAAUGGUUUAAACUAGAGCUACAGUAUUUUUUUUUAAGAGACAUGCAUGCAUUCCCCAUUGUCCUAUUGUUUGACCUUUAAGGUAGAUAAAGAAAAGAUGGCCAAACCUAACAACUUUAUGAAAAAAUUGAGCCUGGGCAUUAUCUGAAUUUAAAAAAUGAAGAUCUUAAAAAUAACUAACUCUCAAAAAUAUAUUGUAAUUAAUAUGCUUUUAUUAGAAGUAACAAAUUUUCAUCUUCCCUAUAAUUCUUUUCAUGGAAGUAGCCUGAAAACCUAUACAAUUACUAAAUGCUGGGCUGUCUUGUACAGGACAGCCACUUGAGAAGUGUAUUUAUAUUUACAUUUCUAUCAGUUGCUUAUAAAGAAAAUGAACAUAUCAAUGCUGUGUUCAUGUUUAAAAAUAAUUCACACAAACAUGUAAAGUGGAGCAAAAAUACUUUAAGAAGAUGAGGUUUGGGGACCAAAAAUUUUUUAGUUCUAAUAAUGAACCAUUAUAUAUUGUAUAUGUGCUCGGAAAAAACAGUUAAACCAUCUUUGUUUAAUGUGUUAACAUUCAUUUUAUCUCUUGUAAUCUUGAAUCAAACCACUGGUUAUUGGAUACUUGCAUAGCAUUUUAUUGUACAGUUUGUGUAAGCACAGUUUAAUACAAUUUUUGGUCCUGAGGCAGGAAGGAGAAUAAGCAAUAACUAUUUACCUGACUUGGAUUUUUUUUUAUUGCCUUGUUCAUUUGUGAUUGAAAUCUAAAAUCAGACUUUAUUAAAACAGAUUUCCUUUUGUAGGUUUAUAUUUAAUCUGUGUACCUUCUAGCCUCCUCCAAAUUAAUGGCCUUAUAACCUUCCAAAAUGAUUCCCAUUGAGUACCCAGGAGCUAGAACCAAGCUGUUCUUUUUAUACCGUAUAUAUUUUAUUUUUAAAGCAAAUGGUUGCCCAUUAUUUUUAUUAUUGUUAACCCAAAUGGUUACUAACAGUUUCAGAACAUUGAAGACAUACAAUACUACUUAACGAUUGUUUUUCUAAAGGGAAAAAAGUUUUUUAUAUUUUAGUGAUACAUAGUUUUUGUCCUACCAGAACUCUUAAAUCUACAAUAUUCAGUAUAUUCUAUCAGCUGCUUCAUUAUAAAAGCUAUAUUUUUUUUUUGUUUUAUAAUAUUUUCUAAAUCUCAAACUGUACUUCAAAAAGAAGAAAUGUUAGAUCUGUGUCUUUUCUCCAAACAGUGUUUUUGAGCACAUAAACUGUAACCCAUCAUGGAAUUUGUUUCUGGAAAUACAAAGGUGAUUAAGAUUCAUCCCACUGUAAUGGAACUCACAAUCUAACUGGAGGACCAAUAAGUAGCUACAGACCUCACCGAUUCUAUAUGAGAGUUAUUUGCUAAGUACUCAAGAGUUCAGAAGUGUGAGAGGGGCACUCAUUCUGCCCAGAGAAAGCCUCCCAUUCAUCAUGGAGGUGACGAAUGAGCUUCUUCACCUUUGGGACUGAGUAGCAGCUGACGAUGGAGGAAAAAAGUCUUCCAGGCACAGAGCAGUGCAUUAACCAAAGUGUAGAGGUGCUGGGAGGGGGCUGGGGGCAGGAGGAGUGGCAAAACCGAACCCAGAUACAAACUUCAGGACUCCUCAUUUCUCUGCCACUCACCUGAGCAGGUGAUUCAGUUGGACCAGAAAAAGAUCCCUCAACUCUAUUCCUCACUUGUAUCUCUAAGAAAUGGAUUCUCACAAACUAUUUCUUGACUUUUUAUUGGUACGGAUGUGGAGCUGCAUAAUGUGUGGUGCAUAAAGCUUGCAAUGUGAGAUUCCUGGUUUUCUAGGCUUGGUCUGCUGUGAACCAGCUCUGUGCCUUGGGCAUGUCACUUAACCUCUUAAAGUCUCAAUUUUGUUUUUUUUUUUACAAAAAUACUUAAUUUUUUGUAGGACAGUUCUAGGUUCUCAGCAAAAUUGAGAGGAAAGUACAGAGCUAUCCGCUGUCCUCCUGCCCUGACACGUGCAUAGCCUCCCCAUUAUCAACAUCCCCACCAGGGUGGCCCGUUUGUUGUAACUGCUGAACCUAUGUGACAGACUUACCACCAAACUAUGGAGACAAAAAAAUCACUAUUUGCCAGGGGUUGUUGGCGGGGGAGGGAGGGAUGAAUAGGCAGAGCACAGAGGAUUUUUAGGGCAGUGAAAACACUCUGUAUGAAACUACAAUAAUGGAUACAUGUUUGACAUUUGUCCAAACCCACAGAAUUCACACCACCGAGAGUGAACCCUAAUGGAAACUGGACUUUGGGUGAUACUUUUGUCAAUUUUAAAAUGAAGAGAUUUUACUAAAUGGUCUCUGAGGUCUUUAAAUGAUGUGGAAAUCCAUAAAGGACACUACCAUCAACAAUAAAUGAUUGGCAAUUCUCUUAG